GACAGCGAGGAAGAGGAGGAGGAGGAGGAAGAAGACUCGGUGGCCGAGCCGAGCGGCGAAGCGGUCCUCCGGGCACCCCCUCGCAGGCGGCGUGCUGCCAGCUCCAGCGUCGAUGGGCUGGUGCCAGAGACCCAGGAAGGGCUGCCAGCGGGGGUGAGCAAUGGGGAGGCUGGUGGAGAGCCCCACAUCAGUGCCCAGACCUGGAAGAGGAAAAGCGGCCGCCGAGGUGAGCGCUUCGAGUUCCCAGCAGUGGAGGACGAUGUGAUCUAUGACGACGUCCCCUGCGAAAACCUCGAUGCCGAGCAGGACGGCCCGGGGACGGAGCGCAGCCUGAUCUAUGAGGAGGUGCAGCGCGGCGAGGGGCCACGGGCGGGCGAGGAUUUGGGCUGGAGCUCCAGCGAAUUCGAGAGCUACAGCGAGGAUUCAGGCGAGGAAACCAAGCCGGAGGCCGAGCCGGCCAAGCAGCGGGCAUCCUUCCAGCCCAAGCUUUCUCCAGACCUGAAUAGACUAAAGGAGAGAUACGCCAGGACUAAGAGGGACAUCCUGGCUUUAAGAGUUGGGGGGAGAGACAUGCAGGAGCUGAAGCAGAAGUACGAUUGGAAGAUGACCCAGCUGAUGAAAGCAGCCAAAAGCGGCACCAAGGAUGGUUUGGAGAAGACCAAGAUCGCGGUGAUGAGGAAGGUGACGUUCCUGCACCGGAAAGAAGCACCAGGGGACUCGGAGGAGGAGGACACGGGUUUCCUGGAGGUCACCGUCUCUGACAUGAAGCACCCACCGCCGGAGCUGGGCCCCAUGCCCGAGGGGCUGAGCCCGCAGCAGGUGGUACGGCGGCACAUCCUGGGCUCCAUCGUCCAGAGCGAGCGGAGCUACGUGGACUCCCUGAAACGCAUCCUGCAGUUCUCCAAGUCGAUGGUGCUGGACGUCUACAGCGACUACGUCAACAACUUCACCACUGCCAUGUCCCUUAUCAAGAAGGCUUGUCUCACCAAACCUGCCUUCCUCGACUUCCUCAAGAAGAGACAGAUGGCGAGCGCCGACCGGGUCACGCUCUACGGGCUGAUGGUGAAGCCCAUCCAGAGGUUCCCCCAGUUCAUCCUGCUCCUGCAGGACAUGCUGAAAAACACCCCCAAGGGCCAUGCGGACCGCCUGUCCCUCCAGCUGGCCCUCACCGAGCUGGAGACGUUGGCAGAGAAGCUCAACGAGCAGAAGCGCUUGGCCGACCAAGUCGCCGAAAUCCAGCAGCUCAGCAAGAGCAUCAGUGACCGCAGCAGCCUCAACAAGCUGCUGAGCUCGGGGCAGCGGCAGCUCCUGCUCUGCGAGACGCUGACAGAGACGGUGUACGGCGACCGGGGGCAGCUCAUCAAGUCGAAGGAACGGAAGGUUUUCCUCCUCAACGACAUGCUGGUCUGCGCCAACAUCAACUUCAAGCCAGUGAACCCAGGAGGCCAGCUGGAAAUUAGCAGCCUGGUGCCCCUGGGUCCCAAAUACGUGGUGAAGUGGAGCACGGCCCUCCCACAGGUACAGGUGGUGGAGGUGGGGCAGGAGAGCGGCGCCUACGACAAGGACAACGUCGUCAUCCACAACGCUGGUGCCAAGAAGCACGUGCCGGCCGGGCAGGCUUCACACAAUAAAGUCUACCUGGGGCCACCGCGGCUCUUCCAGGAGCUGCAGGACCUGCAGAAGGACCUAGCGGUGGUGGAGCAGAUCACCCUUCUCAUCAGCACCUUGCAUGGCACCUACCAGAACCUGAACAUGACGGUGGCCCAGGACUGGUGCUUGGCCCUGCAGAGGAUGAUGAAGGUGAAGGAGGAGGAGAUCCACUCCGCCAACAAGUGCCGCCUCCGUCUCCUGCUGCCCGGGAAGCCGGACAAGUGAGUUGCAGAUCAUGGGUGGGCUCUUCCCACCCUGGGGAGGAGGAGGAGGCCGAAGACCAACCUGGUGAUGCUUUCCCUAUGCAGGUCUGGCCGCCCCAUCAGCGUCAUGGUGGUCUUCAUCACUCCAAACCCCCUGAGCAAGAUCUCCUGGGUGAACCGCCUGCACUUGGCCAAGAUAGGACUGCGGGAGGAGAACCAGCCGGGCUGGCUCUGUCCCGACGAAGACAAGAAGAGCAAAGCUCCUUUCUGGUGCCCCAUACUCUCCUGCCACAUGCCCGCCUUCUCCUCCAAGGCCCUCGAUCUGCAGGUGAGAGCGAUGGCCAACCUCUUCUCCAACCCCCCCAAUACCUCCUUCCCCUUUACGUCCAUCUUUGUGGGCUUGGGGUUGGGGGAUGGCAGCAUCACGGUCUACGGCAGCGUGGACACGGGGACGCAGUGCUUGUUGACCUGCAAAAGCCCGGGCAUGCAACCCGUCCUCUGCUUGAAGCACAGCCCCGAGUACCUGUUUGCGGGGUUGCAGGAUGGGACCGUGGCCGCCUACCCAAGAAGCAACGGGGGGCUGUGGGACCCGGCAGAGCAGCCCACCCGCCUGGCCGUGGGUACCGGCCCCGUGCGAGCCCUCCUGACGCUGGAUGAGACCCUCUGGCAAACCUUCGAGGCCCACCCGGACACGGAGGCCAGCGUCACGCACAUGAUCAAGGCGGGCAGCGGGGUCUGGAUGGCCUUUUCCGUGGGCUCCUCCAUCCGCCUCUUCCACACCGAGACACUGGAGCAUCUGCAGGAGAUCAACAUCGCCACCAGGACCACCUUCGUCCUGCCGGGACAAAAACACGUCCGGGUCACCAGCCUCCUCAUCUGCCAGGGUUCGCUCUGGGUGGGCACCGACCAGGGCAUCAUCGUGCUGCUGCCCGUGCCCCGCUUGGAGGGCAUCCCCAAAAUCACCGGAAAAGGCAUGGUGUCCCUCAACGGGCACGGUGGCCCCGUGGAGUUUUUGGCGGUGGCGUUGAGCACCCUGGCCCCCGACGUGCUAAAGGGCGACCAGGAGGAGGAAGAGGAGGGUGAGGAAGAGAAAACCCCCGAGCUGGAUGGCCCCCCGCCUCGGGAAAUGAGAAAAAAAGGGAUUUUAUUGCAAUAUCGCCUCCGAUCCACCUCCCACCUCCCCGGGCAGCUGCUGUCGGUGCGGGAAGCGCCGGUCGGCGGCACGCCGGCACACACCGAGGAGGACGGCUCCAUCUACGAGAUGGCCGAUGGCCCCGUCGUCUGGCCCUCGUACACGCCCUGUGGCCUCUCUGAUGCCUCCAAGCGCUUCCAGGCAAGGUCUACCCUGGCGCUGCGUCCAGGCUUGAGCAACGUGGAGAUGCAGCUCAGCUCCUGCAUCGAUGGAUUUUUAUGGAGCAUCCGGACGUGA